AUGGGUGUUCAUUCUUUUUGGGAAAUAAUUGGACCCACAGCAAGUCCAGUCCGUUUAGAAUCAUUGGAAGGGAAAAAAAUGGCAAUCGACGCCUCCAUUUGGAUAUAUCAAUUUUUAAAAGCUGUUAGGGAUAACGAAGGCAAUGCUGUCAAAAAUUCACACAUAACUGGGUUUUUUAGAAGAAUUUGUAAAUUAUUAUACUUUGGUAUUAAACCAGUAUUUGUCUUUGAUGGUGGUGUUCCUGUUUUAAAAAGGAAAACUAUUCAAGCUAGACAUGAAAUACGGCAAGGGAAACGAGACAAUGCUAAGAAGACUGCUAGAAAGUUGUUGGCUUUGCAGAUACAGAAACAAGAGAGUAAAGGUUCUAAGUCUCCAUCCAAUCAUAUAGACACCAAUAGUCCAGUCCCCAUAUUUAAGCCAAAUGAUGACUGGGAUCUACCAGAAAUUGAAGGAUUUUUAUAUGAUACAGAUGAUCAAAGAAUUAAUCCAAAUUAUGACAAAGAGAAAAGGGAGAGAUUGAAUAUGGCCGUUACUAUUGAUGAUAUUAUUGAUGAUAUGGAUUUAGAUUCUAUUAAUCCUGCAAGUCUAGAAUUUGAGGAAUUACCCAAAGCUGUUCAAUAUCAAAUUUUAUCUAAACUUCGAUUAAAAUCAAGAUUAAGAAUGGGUUAUACAAAAGAACAACUGCAAAAUGUUUUUCCAAAUGGGUUAGAUUUUUCUAAAUUUCAAAUUGACAUGGUAAGAAGAAGGAAUUUUUAUACUCAAAAGAUAAUCAAUGUAACGGGCAUGCACGAUGGUGGGGCAUCAAAACUCGAUGAUGUAGAUGUUAGAAAUCGAAUAUCAGGACAAAAGAAUAGGGAAUAUAAGUUGGCUAAAACAGAAAAUGGAUGGUCAUUGGGGAUGGAUAUUGAGAGUGGAAAUGAUAUUAAUCAACCAAUUUUAGUUGAUGAAGACAAUAAAAAUCUGGUAAAUGGAAGAACAAACAAAAUAGACAAAAGUCAUGGCGUAUAUAGUGAUGAGGAAGAUGAUGAAAUUGAAUGGGAAGACGUUGAUCUAGAAUGUCAGCACAAACCCAAGGACAACUUCGAUUAUUCUUUAAAAGCAGGUCGUCUUUCUCAAUAUGAGGAGAGCAAACAAGUAGUAGGUUCACAAGCAUUUUUAGACAAACGUCCAUAUUUAGAAGCAUCUCUGAAGAAAAUGAGUCGGGAUAAUAUACGUAAUAAUGCCAAUGUAUUAAGCAAUUCUAGCAAGUCGUAUAGGAAUAACUCUGAUAAUAGAAGAGACUUAUCAAUGAAUAAAAGAAAAUAUAUCGAAGAAGAUGAAAAUGAUGAUAAUGAAUAUCUACGUCAAUUAGAAGAGAUUGAAUUGAUGGAAGCAAUGUAUGUGUCAAAGAUGGAGCAUUAUGGUAAUUUGAAAAAGUUAAAAGAAGCGUCAAAAUUAGGGGAUCAAGAUAAAAAAUCGCAAAUGAAUAACUCUACCAAUUUAGUUAGUACUAAUAUGGAUAAAAAUUUAACUAUUAAAGAUAGUUCUAAUAUUUCGACACAAGGGUCCCCUGACCUUGAUUUUAUUUUAAAAAAAUUACCUGCGAUAAAUUCACAAUCACUACUUUUUGGUCCUAAGGAUAACAUCAAGUUAGAUGAUAAAGAUGGUGAUAAAACAAUCGACCUAAUGAAAACAAAAAAAAAUAAUCUAAAUGAAAAAAAAAACAUUCCAGAAACGCCUCAAUGGUUUCUCUCUGACAAUCAAAGUAUAAAUACCACAUAUAAUCAAUCAAAAUUUGUUGAUGAUAGACCGGAUACGGCGGAAAACAGCAAAAACAAUUAUCAAUUGAUAACUGGAUUUUUAAAUACAGAAGAAGCAAUAAAAGAAAAUUAUCAACGAAAUAAUCAGAUUAGAGGUGUAAGUAGUGAAAAAGAAGAAAGUAAUGAUAAAAAUACAAAUGAGAUUAUUGAAAUUGAGGAAGGUUACGAACAGCCUUUAGUGACUGAUCAUCUCGGGUAUACUGUUUCUAAUAAAGAUAUUUCUAGUCAAAAAAACAAAUCUGUUAUUGGUAAUGUCCCCUCAUAUUCAUCUGAUAUCUCAAGCAGCGGAUCUUAUGUUGAUUAUGAAAAAGAGCAAAAAACUAUUGAAAAUAAUCAGCCCCUUGUGUUUAAUUAUGAUUUUAUGCCUGAUGAGGAGGCUAAAUUGAUUGUUGAUCUUGAAAAGGAAGCAAACGAUUUUAAAACUUUUAAAAAUGAAGAAUUACUAAAUAAUGACAACACAGCAUUAAACAAUAAUGAAAAAAUCAUUUCUAAUGCAUUCGUUGAAGAUGAACUAUUUGAACAGCAGAGUAGAGAUAAGAGGGAUUCGGACGAAGUUACAACUGAUAUGAUAUCCGAUGUACAGGAGUUACUAUCUAGAUUUGGUAUUCCUUUUAUUACAGCACCUAUGGAGGCUGAAGCUCAGUGUGCUGAAUUGUUAAAAUUAAGCUUAGUAGAUGGUAUCAUUACUGAUGAUAGUGAUGUAUUUUUAUUUGGUGGUACAAAAAUAUAUAAAAACAUUUUUCAAGAUAGGAAAUAUGUAGAAUUUUAUGAUUAUAACACGAUUGAAGAGAAGCUGGGUCUAAAUAGAGAUAAUAUGAUUGAAUUAGCGUUAUUAUUAGGGAGUGAUUAUACUACAGGGAUCAAAAGCAUGGGUCCAGUAUCAAGUAUGGAAGUAUUGGCAGAGUUUAAAAAUUUGAAGGCUUUUAAAAAAUGGUACGAAGAUGGACAGUUUGAUAAAGCGAAAUUACAGAAUGAGGACAAAUUUAAAAAAGAUUUGAGAAAAAGACUUGUUCGUAAUGAGGUUGUAUUGGAUUCUGAAUUUCCAAAUAAAACGGUCGUCAAUGCUUACAUGAAUCCAGAAGUGGACCAUGAUAAAACACCAUUUCAAUGGUCAGUACCUGACUUGGAUAUGUUAAGGAAAUUUUUGCAAAAUCAUAUAGGUUGGUCUUGGGAAAAAACAGACGAAGUGUUAAUUCCGUUAAUAAGAGAUAUUAAUAAAAGGAAACAACAAAAACAUUCCAAACAAAUGACUUUGACAGAUUUCUUUCCUGGUGAUUUUGCAACAAAUGCUAAUAACACUAGAACAAAAAUAAAUGUUGGAAAGCGUAUAACCAAUGCAACUAAUAAGUUGAAGAGGCAGAAACAAAAAUAG